AUGGCUGUAAACAGGAUCAAAGGGGCCUUUGCGGUACCCAAGAAAGGCGAGACAUUCGAGUUGAGAGCUGGCCUGGUCUCUCAAUAUGCAUACGAGCGUAAGGAAGCUAUUCAGAAGACUAUCAUGUCCAUGACCUUGGGCAAGGAUGUGUCUGCGCUGUUCCCUGAUGUUCUCAAGAAUAUUGCAACCGCAGAUCUAGAUCAGAAGAAGCUAGUGUAUUUGUACCUGAUGAACUAUGCCAAAUCGCACCCGGACCUGUGUAUUUUGGCGGUCAAUACUUUCGUUCAAGAUUCUGAAGAUCCGAAUCCAUUGGUACGAGCGCUGGCCAUCAGGACAAUGGGAUGUAUUCGGGUGGAUAAAAUGGUAGAUUACAUGGAGGAGCCCCUACGGAAAACAUUGCGAGACGAGUCCCCCUAUGUUCGGAAAACGGCUGCGAUAUGUGUCGCGAAGCUCUUCGAUCUGAACCCCACAAUGUGCCUGGAAAAUGGCUUUCUAGAGACUCUACAAGAGAUGAUAGGGGACCCCAACCCAAUGGUGGUAGCCAAUUCUGUUACAGCGUUGGUUGAGAUCAACGAGUCGGCUCCAGAGACCAAGGCUCUGCGAAUUACCCCGGCGACGCUUAAGAAGAUGCUGAUGGCGCUUAAUGAGUGCACGGAGUGGGGAAGAGUUACCAUUCUCACGACAUUGGCCGACUAUAAGGCACAGGAUGUUAAGGAAUCGGAGCAUAUCUGCGAGAGAGUUUCGCCUCAGUUCCAGCAUGUUAACCCCAGUGUUGUUUUGGCUGCGGUGAAAGUGGUGUUUUUGCACAUGAGAAACGUCAGCCAAGAGCUGAACAAGCAGUACCUGAAGAAAAUGGCGCCUCCCCUUGUUACCCUUGUUGCAUCAGCUCCAGAAGUUCAAUAUGUCGCUCUGCGCAACAUCGACCUGCUACUGCAGGCCAAGCCAGAUAUCCUAAAUAAGGAGCUCCGAGUCUUCUUCUGCAAGUACAAUGAUCCUCCCUAUGUCAAGCUCCAGAAACUAGAGAUUAUGGUACGGAUAGCGAACGACAAAAAUGUUGACCAGUUGUUGGCCGAGCUGAAAGAGUACGCCCUGGAAGUUGAUAUGGACUUUGUGCGAAGAGCUGUCAAGGCCAUCGGUCAAGCAGCUAUUAAGAUCGAGAGCGCCAGCGAGAAGUGUGUAAACACACUUCUCGAUCUAAUUGCCACCAAGGUCAACUACGUUGUCCAAGAGGCGAUUGUGGUUAUCAAGGAUAUAUUCCGGAAAUACCCAGGAUAUGAGGGAAUUAUCCCGACUCUUUGCAAGUACAUCGAUGAGCUUGAUGAGCCCAAUGCACGAGGUGCUCUGAUAUGGAUUGUAGGCGAGUAUGCUGAGAAAAUUAGCAAUGCUGAUGAGAUCUUGGCUGGAUUCGUCGAGGGGUUUAUGGAGGAAUUCACUCAAACGCAACUGCAGAUUUUGACCGCAGUUGUCAAGCUCUUCUUGAAAAAGCCAGACAACAACCAGGGGCUUGUACAGAAGGUGCUUCAAGCAGCCACAGCCGAGAACGAUAACCCAGAUAUCAGAGAUAGAGCAUAUGUCUACUGGCGACUGCUAUCAGGUGACCUUCAAGUCGCAAAGGACAUCAUUCUCUCCGACAAGCCCGCCAUCACAACAACGAUGUCGUCCCUUCCGCCCAUACUCCUAGAACAACUACUCACCGAACUCUCCACUCUCGCUUCGGUCUACCACAAACCACCCGAGACUUUCGUCGGCGCAGGCCGCUAUGGUGCUGACGCUCUCCAACACGCAGCCAUCCAAGAACAACGCCAGGAUGCAGUCGAUAACCCAAUUGCCGCUGCAGUUGUUGCCAACCAAACCAACUCUGAGAAUCUCCUUGAUAUUGACUUCGAUGGGGCAGCACCAGCAUCCGCUGACGCGCCACCCAAUGGUGGUGCAUCAGGCCUCGAAGGUCUCGCCGGCACGCCCCAACGAGUUGCCAGCCCGACUGCGGGUCCACCACCUGGUGCAAGUAGUAUGGAUGACAUGAUGGGUCUAUUCGACAUGGAUGGAGGAGGCAGCUCAAGUGGACCCGGUGCAGGUCAGAAUGAUAUGAUGAACGGAUUUUCGGGGUUGGACUUGGGGGGAUCACAGCCGCCCCCGCCCCAAGGUGCUUCGAAAAAGGCGACGAAUGAGGACCUGCUUGGGAUGUUCUAG